UAGUUUCUCUGCAGCGGUGGGUGCGUACCUUGCUAAGGGAUCGUCUUAAAAUGUGUGCAAGGGAAUAAACGUUGAGCAGACCUCAGUGGUACCGGAGGGAUGCCUGCCGCAGAGAGCAACCAUGCACUGCGUGUCCUGUCCUCCCUGAACCAGCAGAGGGCAGUAGGGAGGUUUUGUGAUGCAGUUUUAAAUGUAGGAGGAGGGGUGGUCUACUUGGCCCAUCGCAACAUCCUUGCCUGUUUCAGUGAAAUGUUCCAGCAGUCCAACAUGCCCACUGCAUCGUGCAUGGAGUUCUGCUUGCAGGAGUGUCCCAACGACGGCCUGGAGCUGCUCCUGAACUUUGUCUACACUGGAGAGCUGAAGUUGGAUCCAGAAAACCUAGAGAAGGUGCAGCAUGCAGCGGCCAGCCUGUGUGUGCCAGAAGCACUCACACUCUGUCAGCAGUUCAAGGAAACUUCUGCGGAUCCUGUGCCUCUCAAGCGCAAAAGAGGCAGACCUAGAAAGUCUACAUCAGAUACAAGCCCUUAUUGUUCAGUCAAAGAAGAGAACCCGCUUACAAUCACAAAAGAUUCAACCACAAUCACAGAGUCCAGCUUUGAUACUGCCACAGCCAAUUGUAGCACGGCUGCCACUACCACCCGCUCUGGUCGUGUAGUGAAGGGCCCUAGGAGACUGGUGACUGUUGAGAGCCCCACUACGGAUUUUACAGCCCCUGAAAAAGUCAGCAAGAACCCUCCGCUUAUUCCCAUGGAGACAGUAACCGGUGAUGAUGUCCAGGGGAGCCGUAACCCAGAUCAGCCAACUGGUGAAACUGAGAUAACUGACUUGCAGAUUGACAUAAACGACAACAGUGUAAGCCAGGUAAAUGAGGAAGGAGAAGAAGAAGAGGACGAUGUGGGGGAUUUUGAGGGGAUCACUGAAGACACAGAUGAGGAGUAUGUACCUGUUGAAGAGCCCAUUUCCUCAGCCCCGUCCUCAUCAACGGCACGGAAGCGCAAAGUCCAGAGUAAAACCCACCAAGACGAGAAUGGUGAGGCUGUGGAAGAAGACUCCAAGAAGAACUCUGUGCAGUGUCCCAUCUGUGACAAAUCCUUCAAGAGCAAAUACUAUCUCAAAGUCCACAACAGGCGGCACACAGGGGAGAGGCCCUUUGGUUGUCUUAAAUGUGGAAAGAGGUACUUCAGGAAGGAGAAUCUUUUGCUACAUGAGAUCAGAGACUGUUCUAAAGUCCAGACGUACACCUGCGUGACAUGCUCCUCAACAUUCAACGGAAAAGAAGAGCUGCGUUUGCACGUCGUGUCCCACACAGGAAAUAUGCCCCACAAGUGUUCAACAUGUCCGGAACAGUUUAUGCACAAGAAAAACUUGACAAUUCACAUGAUGAAGGUCCAUGGUUAUCCCAAACCACAUCCAUGUCCCCAGUGCCCCAAAACCUUCUUAACUCGGACAGAGCUGCGCGUGCACGAAGCAGCCAAACAUCGAGGCGAAAAGCCGUUUGUGUGCGAGGAGUGUGGCCAUCGAGCCUCUAGUCGAAACGGCCUGCAGAUGCAUAUUAAAGCCAUUCACAGAAAUGAGCGGCCUUUUGUAUGUAACGUAUGUGGCCAUGCAUUCUCCCAGAAAAACAACCUCAACAUGCAUCUGCGUAUACACAGUGGUGAGAGGCCCUACCAAUGUCAUCUCUGUGGCAAAACCUUCAGGACGCAAGCCAGUCUAGAUAAACACCACCGGACACACACUGGUGAGCGUCCUUUUAGCUGUGAUAUUUGUGAGCAGCGCUUCACAGAGAAAGGCGCCCUCGUCCGCCACAAGGCCAGCAAACACGAGGAGGGCCGUCCCCACUGUUGUAACAUUUGUGGCAAAACAUUCAAAGCGAGGGAGCAGCUUCGUGUUCAUCUGCGACGUCAUAAGGGCAUGAGGAAGUUUGAGUGUAUCGACUGCGGCUACAAGUUUACUCGACAGGCACACUUGCGACGACACAUUCAAAUCCACAAACGCACUGAGAACUACAACCCCCGGCAGAGAAAACUAAGGAACGUUAUAGUGCAGGAAGUGGACGGUGAGAGUCCUGGUGAGAACGAAGCAACGGAAGAAGUGCAAGACGAGUUGAUCGCAGAGGAGACCACUGACCAACAGGAAUCCACAAACGGACAGGAAUCCACAAAUGGAGAGCCUGACUCGGGGACAGGCCUCACUUCUAGUUGCAUAGUGAGGGUGGUGAUUGAGCCAAGCAGCGCGGUAAUGGAGGAGGUGGUGUCCAACCAGAACCCGGGACAUGUAGACGUGGCAGAGAGUUUCUCUGUGCCAGAAGUCUUACAGCAAACACAGCUGGUCACUGAGGCGUACGAGUCCACGAUGAAUAUGGAAGAAAUGGUUGAGAAUAUACCAGAAACUAAGACCUGAGGACUGAAACACCAGAGACUGUGUGCAAUCCACUCAAGAGUGGAAGUUACUGUGAAGACCACUUCCUUAAUAAGAAGCACCUAAAUGUGAUGGAAAGACAUUUGGCCUUACAGAUCCAAAGAUGACACGGCAACGCAAUCAGCUACUGUCGAGUUUCUAGCCAUGCAAAGGAAGAGCAGCAAGUUAUUCUCAUGCCUUUAAUAGAUAACUGUCAAUGUACUGCAUGCGUGUGAAGAUUGCAUGAAUGUGAAAUCAUGGUUUUUUUUCAGCCUGUCUAAUUGAGCCUCCCUUUCAUCAAUGUGCCUACUGCAGCUAGAUUCUGGAAAAUCCGUUAUAAACUAUCCUCUGUGCAGUUCAGUAUUGUUACUGCAAAUUAUGGGAAAUAAACGUGUUCUCUCUCACAAUGAGAAGAUUACUACCAUUCACAUGUCUG